GCAACUUCGUCUGCAAAUCUCUGCAUCGGGCUGCAACACCGCCAAGAUGCCGACCAACUCAUCCGGGCGCAUCACCAAGGCCCGGAAGAACAAGAAUUCGACUCCACACCAAAAGAAUCACCGAUGGGAGUCAUUUACUACCAAAAUCUCAAAAUUCCAGUCCCUCCAGCCGCUCCGCAAAGUUCGCCGCCAUGAUCUCGAGACCGAAGACUUGUCGACAUCGACAUCCUAUUUCGGGACAGGACUGCACAAAUGGUCAGAGCUCAAUGUCUCGAAGCCCUUUGUCGCAUUCAAGCGGGAGGUUCUGCCGCUCUGCGAGAGCCUCCCCCAACUCCUCCAUUUCGAGCAACGGAUAAUGGACUUGUUGGCCCAAUACAUAUCCGCACAAGAGAAGGAAGCCCUGGAACCGUUGCUGGACCUCCUGACAGCAUUUUCCCACGACCUGGGAGUGCGGUUCGAGAAGCAUUAUGGGAGAAGUCUCGACUUGAUCGUGGCAGUCGCCAGCAAGCCGCAGGAUGUCGAGGUUAUCGAGUGGACAUUUGGUGCCUUGGCAUUCUUGUUCAAGUACCUCUCCAAGUUGCUGGUCCCCGACCUGAGACCUACGUUCAAGGUCAUGGUCACCCUUCUCGGAAAGUCACGACACCCUCCUCACAUCGCGCGUUUCGCUGCCGAGGCCUUGAGCUUUUUGGUGAAGAAGGCCGCGGCGCCGUCACACCGGGAUACCGCCCUAAAACUUCUUGUCGAAUGCGCCAGGGAUGAUCUCUGCAGUAUCAUCGGCGACCGUCAAUUUGUACUCUAUCAAGACGGAUUGAUGACCAUGUUCGCUGAGGCCAUCAAGAGUACCGACUACACGAUCCAUUCGACCGGCCCAGUGAUAUUUGCCGCCCUCGUCAACGCCAUUCCUGAGCGUGAGCGCUCCCUUGUCGAUGAAACUACAUGGACAAAUGUUACUUGUGGCGUUCUGACAGCGGUCAUCCAUCACGCGACUGUCGAUACCUUCGAAGAAUUUGCGGACGCAAUUCACGACAAUGUCGAAGCAAGCAUGAACCAGGUGCAAGCAGCGGAUCGUCAAUGGCAGCUGGUACCCUUUGUCCGAAUAUGCGGCACCCUAGCUGGUGUUCGUAGGGGCUCUCGAUUGAGUAACUGGACUCCUCUUGUGCGGAAUCUAGUUGAUAUGCUUGCCCAAGUCACCAAGGCGGCUGUCGAAGUACCCAAGGAUGCGCAUAGCAUUGUCUGGAGUUCUCUGAUUGCCAAUAUUGCCAUUAUUUGGCACAACGCUCCCAUUGACGCGUUGAUACCACACCUUGUCUCUCUUGUACAGUCAUUGAGCAGGGAGCCGCUCAUGAAGUGGUUCAUACCUUUUUGCUCAUAUUUCUGCCAAUUGGACACUCAGCGAUUUGGAAGCUUGUUCCGGAACGAAUUCCAAAAAUUUAUCACCAGCCAUUGGUCCGAGGGGCAGAACGAAGAUAUGCUGUGCAUAUUCUUACCCAAGAUGGUUGAGAACUGUGCUUUCCCUCCCGCCGGCGAAAAGGAUAGCUGCAGGUUGCCUCAAGGUUGGCAGGAUCAGAUCGUGUCCAAGUUUGAGCGACUCGAAAUUUCGCCUUUCCCUGAGCGAGGGCCUUACAACAAGGACCCGCAAGUCUGGAGAGACAGAUGCUUGCCGCAGUAUUCGGGUCUUCUCAGAAUUCUAGAGUUGACCACAGUUCACCCAUCCACUAAUGCUCGCAUUGCGGAGCUUCUCCUUCGCAAACUCAAGCUGGCACUUCGACCAUCCUCCACCUUGGCAUCCGACGAAGUUCACUUCAUCGUUGGUCAGGGGUUUCACGCAUACCUACGAAUGAGCAAGGCCGCCGACUCCAUCGAUGCUACACUGAGCCCCUUGUUGCGAGCAGCUGUUCCACGCUUCGCUCAGUCUGUGGGCUUUCUCCACGCCUAUCUUGCCUACGAGGAAAUCCAGCGAAAUAGCGAUACGAUUAAGAGGCAGGACAGCACGAGCAGCGAGGGCUCUGCGAGUGAGGAGGACCCAGUGGUGACGUCUCUAGUCAAUAAUCUCAGCUCUCCAUCGCACGAGAUCCGACUAGCAUCCUUAGAGCUUCUGAAACAGAUCAGCACCGUGCCAGACUCAACGGACUCGAUUGAUACCAUGAUCGAGGUCGAACAAACUCCCCUGGACCUCGCACACACAAGGACGAUUGCCAUGCUUCUUCGAAAACUUGGACUGGCUUACGCCUCCUUUGAGGACAAGUCUUGGCUGCAGCAAGCCGUGCCAGCAUUUCUUUACGGUAUGCUGACGGUUAAGAUGUCCCCAGUUUGGGAUGAUGCUGUCGAGACCAUGAAGCAAGUUGCCCAAAGCAAAGCCGGAGAGGAGGCCAUUUGUGCAGUUGCUUUCAAGUGGCUAAAUGUGCCGUCGGCCAGAUGGGGCCCGUCUCAGUCAGACGGACUGGCUCCAGGUCGUCAAUUCGUUUCCGAAUUCGAAUGCACCAACUUGCGAAGGUUAGAAAAGGGGGCAGCCGAGGUGGAAACAGCAAUCGAUCACCCCGAUGAUUUGAUGCUACAAAGCUUCGAUGAGAAGCAACAGACAGCAGAAACCGUGGCUGGCAACUCCAGAUCUCGUGCAUUGAAGGUUUUCAAUGCGAUCCCAGCCCUUGCUGAGAAGAGGUCUCGUCAACUCGUCCCACACUUCCUCUCCUGGGCACGUGAUGAAGACCGGACUCCCAAUUCGGACGAACAAGAUCAAUCCGAAGGGGCAACUUGGUCCUUGGCGGAUCGAAAGGGUAUGAUGGGCGUUUUUUCCCAGUUCAUCAACCCCAGGGUCUUGUAUCAGCACGAAGAGGUAUAUGUCGCAUUUCUGCAACUAAUGGAGAACGGUGAUGCCGAGAUCCAGAAACUUGCUCUCAAGGCCAUCCUUACUUGGAAGCAAGAAGCUGUCAAAACGUACCAAGAAAACCUAGAGUAUCUUCUCGAUGAGUCUCGGUUCAAGAACGAACUCACCGUCUUUUUGCAGGACGAAACUGCCAUCAAAGCAGAGCACAGAGCCGGGUUGAUGCCCAUCCUCCUCCGACUGCUUUACGGUCGUUCCAUCUCCAAGAAGGGAGCAGCAAGCGGCCGACAUGGCUUACACGCCACUAGACUUGCGGUGCUGAGGAACCUUACCAUUGAGGACAUGGGAAGCUUCCUCGACAUUGCUACUGGAAAGUUGAAGGGUGUCAAGGUCGUUGGAGUGCCACGGAAGACCUUCGAUGAGCCCAUAAUUCCUGCCCGAAAGCAGGUCGGUUUUCUCAACAUGAUUUCGUCCGUGAUCUCUGAACUGGGCACCAACGUCACGCCUUAUUUGGAGACAAUUCUUAACGCAGUUGUUUACUGCCUUGUUUACGCCUGCCGUCAGUUAAGUGGAAAUGCCCAGGAUGCGGAAAAUGUGCCGGACGAGGAGGAAGAAAAGGCCAGCACGCAGUCACUCCUCAGGAUGACCAGGUCCACUGGUAUGAAGUGCCUCAUUGCACUCUUCCAAAAUGCACAAGCCUUCCAGUGGGAGCCCUACCACGAUAUUAUCCUUGAGGAGAUUGUCGCCCCAAGACUUAGCAACCUGCCGAUCGAAACGGCCCAAGGAAUCUCCGGUAUGCUGCAACUCCUGUCGACCUGGUCUGUUCUUCCUAAUGUGGCACUGUUCCUGGCCCCUCAUGAGAAGAUCCUUCCAGUCGGGAUCCUUCCCAAGGUCAUCGAAUGCUUGUCUGCUGCGAAAGCCAAAGAUGAGGUCAAGAUCUAUGUUUUGUCAAUCAUUCGCAAUCUUGUGAAGCUCGCUACGGCACCAGCUCAUGAAUGCGAGUUCAAUGAGAUCAUCAAGGCCGAGAUCCUAGAUCCAAAUGCUGGAGCGAUUCUGGCCCAGAUUAGUGCCGUCCUUGACGGUUCCGGAUUUGGCAAUGAUCUUUUGGAAGCCUGCGUGGAGACUCUCCUGGUCAUGGCCCCAGUCGUUGAGGAUGCCGAGAAUAUCCAGGCCGUCAUUAAGAUCUCAGUCUUCCUCCUCAACCAACCCCCAAGACGAGUUAACCCCAGACUCAAGGGCAGAAUCCUGCUCAUUCUUGAACAAUACAUUUCCCGCUCCAAUGCCUUUGAGGACCAUUCGCUUUUGGACAGUGUCUAUGACACUAUCUCUUCUCUUUUCAGCUACUUCAAGGAUAUAGAGAACCGUCGGUCUUUGUCCAGGGCUCUCUUGGCCAUUGCUGACAAGGAUGCCGAUGUUUCCGAGGUUGCCGAUCUCUGUACUGCACUCAACUCAUUCAAGGAGGGUCGCAUUGAGGAGCCAGACUAUGACAGACGUCUUGCUGCAUUCACUGCCAUCUCUACCCAGCGGGAAACUCCGCUGACUCCCAAGCAAUGGCUACCUCUGCUUCAAAACAUGAUCUUCCAUAUCCGAGAUGAUGCGGAGUUUGGUAUUCUUGCGUCGAAUUCUGCCGAUGGUAUCAGACGAUUCAUUGGAGACGCGGCCUCGUGCACAUCUGAGCAAGGAAAAGAAAAGUUUGAGAAAUAUCUCCUGGAUGUUAUCAUGCCUGCUCUCUAUGCCGGGGCUCGCGAGGCUUCUGAAACAGUUCGAAGAGAACAUCUCAGAGUGCUUGGGUUCUUGCUCAGCACUCUUCCCGAGUGGGGGCCUAUUUCCGAUCUCGGUGGCCUCUUGGGUGAUCGAAACGAGGAAUCUGCGGAACUGACAUUCUUCUUCAACAUCCUAAGCCCUGCGAGCUCGAGGCAACUGGAGGCUCUCCAUAUUCUGGAGGCUGCCAACAGCAAGCAAGAAAUGGGUAGCCAGAAUCUGGCUCAAUUCUUCAUCCCCCUUUUGGAGCAUUUCAUCUUUGGCCGCGCUGACGGCACCGAUGACCAUGGAUUGGGUGCCCAAGCAACCAACACCAUUGGCGCCCUUGCUAUGUCUCUUGACUGGAAGCACUACAGGACCACUUUCCAGAGGUAUGUUGGGUACAUUGCAUCCAAGCCUGAGCUCCAAAAGCAGACCCUUCGCCUUCUGGGCAAGGUUGCAGACGCCCUCAUUCUCGCCUCCGAGCACGUUUCGGCCGAGCCUAUGGAGGUUGAUCAGGUCGAUGUUCCUGCCUCUAGUAGCCCGAGGCUGCCUCUCACGAUCCCUAAAUCAGACAAACUGAGCACAGAAGUCGAGCAUUGGUUCCUUCCGUCCCUCAUCAAGCAUCUCCAUGAAAAGGACGAGUCUGAAGUCAGUUACCGAGUCCCUGUCGGUGUGAUUAUUGUCAAGUUGUUGAAACUGUUGCCUACGGAGCAAAUGGACCAGAAAUUGGCGGGUGUCUUGACGGAUAUCAGUCAUAUUCUCCGAAGUAAAUCUUGGGAUGCACGUGAGAUGGCUCGCGACACGCUCGUCAAGAUCGCUGUCAACUUGGGCCCAUCAUUCUUCGGCUUCAUGCUUAGAGAAUUACGGGGUGCACUCACCAAGGGUUACCAGCUGCACGUGCUCUCCUACACGAUGCAUUCGAUUUUGGUUGCGGCAGCACCAGGUUACGCUCCUGGAGACUUAGAUUAUUGUCUUCCCUCUAUCGUGGCGGUCAUCAUGGAUGAUGUCUUUGGCGUCAUUGGCCAAGAGAAGGAUGCUGAAGGCUACAUCAGUCAGAUGAAGGAGAUCAAGAGCAGCAAGAGCCAGGACUCGAUGGAGCUAGUUGCCAAGAAUGCGUCAAUCAGCCGCCUCAUCGACCUGACGAAGCCUCUGCAAGCUCUUCUGAUGCAGAAGGUUGACCUCAGGAUGGUGCGCAAGAUCGAUGCACUCAUGACGCGCAUCACGGCUGGUCUGCUUCAGAACACGGCAGCUGAGAGCCGCGACACUUUGAUCUUCUGCUACGAAGUCAUCCAGGAAGUCUACAACAGUCGUAAACCUGAAGUUGAGGUGAAGAUUGAUCCCAGGGUCAAGAAGUAUCUUGUUCAGAGAGGUGCCAAGAAAAGUGGCGAAAGAGGACGCACCACCAAAAACACAUACAAGCUCAUCCGCUUCUCUGUCGACAUUCUGAGGUCCAUCCUCAAGAAGCACGAUAGCUUGCGAAAUUCCGAAAACAUCACCGGAUUUAUCCCUAUCCUAGGUGAUGUAAUGGUGGCGGGAGAGGACGAGGUGAAGAUUUCUGCCUUCCGACUCCUUGCUGUCAUCGUCAAGGUCCCAUUCGCCAAUGAAGACGGGACGAACAUCUACAAGGUCGCGGUCAAGGAAGCCACCAAGAGCAUCUCGACUGCCGUCUCCACCACUACCGAGCUAGCCCAGGCAGCUCUCAAGAUGCUGGCGGUCGUCCUGCGGGACCGUCGUGAUGUGACAGUCAAGGAUGCCGCUGUGGACAUGUUGCUUGGGAAGUUGAAGGACGAUCUGACCGAACCACUGUACCGACAUGUCACCUUCAACUUCCUGCGGUCAGUUCUGGAUCGUCAUAUCGAGACAGCUUCUGUCUACGAUACUCUGGACUACGUCGGAACUGUCAUGAUUACAAACGACGACAAGGACACGCGUGACUUGGCCAGAGGAGCAUUCUUCCAAUUCAUCCGAGAAUACCCACAGAAGAAGGCGCGCUGGGCCAAGCAACUCAACUUCAUCGUUGCCAACCUAAAGUAUGAGCGAGAGGGCGGUCGUUUGUCCGUCAUGGAGAUUGUCCACUUGUUGCUGAUGAAAUCUUCGGAUGACUUUGUCCAAGAGGUCACUGCCACCUGUUUCCUUCCUCUCUUCUUCGUGCUUGCCAAUGACGACAGCGAGAAGUGCCGACUUGCGGCCGCAGAGUUGAUCAAAGAGAUUUUCCGCAAGUCUGAUAAGGAACGAACGCAAACCUUCUUGGGACUUCUCCGAACGUGGUUGGACAAGGAUGGCAACGACGCCGUCCUGAGACUGGCGCUCGUGGUCUUUGGCCACUACAUUGAAUCUCACGAGAAUGCAUCCAAGAAUAAGAAGGACUUCAAGCUUGUUCUUGGCAAGAUCACCAACCUUAUUGCCGCCGAAGACAUUGGUGAGGUUGAUGGGGAUCUUCUGGCGGCAGCAUUGGGUGUCAUCCGAGUGUCGAUGGCUGUGUUCCCUGACAAGCUCCUCUCUGGUGACGCUGAGAAGAUGUGGGUCAACAUUGCCAAAUGCUUGGCUCACCCCGAAACCCCUGUUAGAAUCGCGGCUAUCGGGUUGAUCAGCCUGUAUUUGGCCGACUUUGCGAAGCACGGAGCAAACGUCUCAGUCGGAGAGGCUGUGGAGGGCUCUCAUGGCCUCACCCUGAAUUUGGCCAAAGUCCAGGACCUUGUUCGCCUUGCCCUUGGAGUCAUAGGAUCUCGUGAUGUCGAUGAGGCACUCGCGGCCGAGGCCACUCAGGUCCUCAUCUUCCUAGGUCCUCGUCUCCCUCUCAGACCCAAGGUUACAGAGGAUUCGGACAAGGAGGGUCAGGAUCAAGAGGAGGACGAAGAGGAGGACGAAGAGGAGGAAGAGGAGGAAGAGGAGGAAGCAGAGGGUCAAGCGAAGAAGAAGGAUCUACAGUAUCUCUUCUGGAGACUGUCUCACAUCAUUCGAAGGGAGAUUCCACCAAAGGCUGUGGCCAUCACUCCCAAAACGGCAGCGAUGGAGGUUCUCGAAACCAUCUGUCGCAGGUCCUCUUUGGAGCGUCUGCAGCCAUCUUUCAAGUCGAUUCUGACACCUCUGCACAACCUCACGGACCCGUCCAUCCCUCCACCAUUCUCGUUUGACGAAGUGUUUAAGACGAAACACGAAGCCUUGAAGACGAGGGCACAGAUUCUCAUGGAUUCUUUGCAGAAGAAAUUUGGCACAGGCGAGUACACCAAGCAGUUGCUAGUGAUUCGCGAGGAGGUGCGAGCCAAGAGACAGCAACGCUCGAGUAAGCGAAAGAUUGAGGCGCUCGCGCAUCCUGAGAAGUAUGGACGGGAUAAGCGAAAGAAGUUCGAGAAGAACAAGUCUAGGAUGAAGAUGAGAUCUAAGGAGCAGAAGUCGAUGAGGCAGUCGUACAAGGGAUGGUAAGAAGGAGAAUAAUGCAUCAGACGGCGUUUUCGGGGUUUUAGGCACACCAAAAGUGCAUUUAUUAGAG